AUGUCUGGCGGCACCGGCGCGGCCAAGUGGGGCUCCAUCAAGCACUGCGGUUUGCCUUGGGAGAUCGGCUUGGCUGAGACACACCAGACCUUGGUCUUGAACGGCCUCAGGAACCGCGUGACCUUGCAGACGGACGGGCAAGUGCGCACGGGCCGCGACGUGGUGAUCGCCGCCAUGCUGGGAGCCGAGGAGAUUGCGAUGACCACCGCACCACUGAUCACGCUGGGCUGCAUCAUGAUGCGUAAGUGCCACUUGAACACUUGCCCGGUGGGUGUCGCCACACAGGACCCGGAGCUGCGUGCCAAGUUCACGGGACAGCCGGAGCAUUUGAUCAACUUCCUCUUCAUGGUGGCCGAGGAAGCGCGCGAGAUCAUGGCCUCCCUGGGCAUCAAGAAGUUCAACGAUCUCAUUGGCCGCACUGACCUCUUAAGGCCCAAGGGCUACUUGAAGGACAACCCCAAGACGGCGGACCUGGAUUUCGCCGAUUUGCUGAAACCCGCUUGGACCAUGGAGUCCAUGAUGGGCAACUCAGCGGACAACCCCAUGUUCUGCUGCGAGCCCCAGGACCACGAGUUGGCGCAUGCUUUGGACCAGAGCCUGGUGAGCCGCUGCUCCAACGCGCUCACCGAAGCCAGGGGCGAGAACCAGGUGCGGCUGAAGUCGGUGCCGAUCAACAACGUGGACCGGUCCGUGGGCGGCAUCUUGAGCUUCGAGGUGAGCAAGAAGUUUGGUGCUGAAGGGCUCCCCGAGGGCUCCUUGCACAUUGGCUUCCUGGGCAGCUCAGGACAAUCCUUCGGCAACUUCUUGGCACCAGGCAUCACCUUUGAGUUGGAAGGCGACGCCAACGACUACAUCGGCAAAGGCCUCAGUGGCGGAACCAUCAUCGUCUACAAGCCCAAGCAGGCAGACUACGACUCCAAGGAGGCGAUCAUCGCCGGCAACGCGGCGCUCUACGGCGCCACCAGCGGCAAGGCCUUCUUCGGCGGCAUCGCCGCGGAGCGCUUCGCCGUGCGCAACUCCGGCGCCACAGCGGUCUGCGAGGGCGUGGGCGACCACGGCUGCGAGUACAUGACGCGAGGUACUGUGGUGGUCCUGGGACAGAUGGGACAGAACUUCGCCGCAGGCAUGAGCGGCGGAGUGGCCUUCGUCCUGGACCUGCAAGAGAAACUCUGCAACGUCGGGGGCGUGCACCUGGAGAAGAUGGAAGAAGAAGAGGACAAGACGCUCUUGAAGAGCCUCGUGAGUGAGCAUGCCAAGCUCACAGGCAGCAAGGUGGCGGAAGAGCUGUUGAAGAAGUGGCCCGAUGCCCUGAAGCGCUUCACAAAGGUCUUCCCGAAGGAGUACAAGAAGGCCUUGCUGGCCAUGAAGGAGAAGGAGAAGGCCUCUGCGGCACCGAAGGAACCGUUGAGGCCGAAAUCUGGCACCAUGGACGUGGAGGAGGCUGGUGGACGCCCCACACGAGUACAGAAUCCGGACAAGAAGAAGGGCUUCCAUGAGUACGAGCGAAAGGCCAUGCCCUACCGAGACCACAAAGAUCGUCACAUGGAUUGGGAGGAAGUCUAUGCAUCUCAAUCCAGCAAGAGCCAGCAGUGGCACAACUGGAUGCAGACGCAGACGGCCCGAUGCAUGGACUGUGGCACUCCCACCUGUCACAGCCCCAACCAGGGCGGCGGUGGCUGCCCCUUGGGAAAUCGUAUCCCAACCUGGAACCAGCUGGUGCACGAGGGCGAGUGGAAGAGGGCCUUGGAGCGUUUGCUGGAUACGAACAACUUCCCGGAGUUCACUGGCACCACCUGCCCGGCACCCUGCGAAGAGGCCUGUGUCUUGGGCAUCAACGAAAAGCCGGUGGCCAUCAAGACUACAGAGCUUGCCAUCAUCGAGUACGGCUUCUCCAAGGGCUGGAUCAAGCCGCAGCCGCCCCGCAGCCGCACGGGGCGCCGCGUGUGCAUCAUCGGCAGCGGCCCGGCUGGCCUGGCGGCGGCGCAGCAGCUGAACCGCGUCGGGCACCUGGUGGAGGUCAUUGAGAGGGCAGAUCGUGCAGGGGGUCUCUUGAUGUAUGGUAUUCCAUCCAUGAAGUUGGAUAAGAUCGAGAAGGUCAUGCGGCGAAUCAAGCUCCUCCAGCAGGACGCGCAAUCUUUGCAAUCAGAACGACGCAGUCAUUCUGGCCACGGGCGCCACCAUGUGGCGCGACAUGCGCUCGACCGACGGACGGCACCUGGGGAACAUCGUGCAGGCGGCCGAUUCGUCGGGGGGGCCACCCAGAGGAAGAAUCUGGACACCGCCAUGGGUGCCCCCAAAUCGGACGUGCCCAGCUGGGACGUGCAGGACAAGCGGGUGAUUGUCAUCGGUGGUGGUGACACCGCCGUGGAUUGCGUGGGCACAGCGAUCCGUUUGGGGGCCAAGAGCGUCCUCCAAUUCUCCCGCCGUGACGAGGCGCCCGCAGGAGGUGUUGGGUCUGCAGUGCACUUCAUGGCAGCUUUGAGUGCCGCCCUUGCGGGGUGCGCUUCGGCUCGGCAUGUUGGCCGCCGAGCCGAAGGUGGCACAGUGGCCGUUGGGCGGGACAAAAGGCCGCUGCUGCGCAAGGGCAGCCGAGUUCGACUUUUGGUGGAUGCAGAUUCAUCUGGUCCAGACAAGAUCAAGCAGGCAAUUUCAUGUCUGGAAGAACAAGCAGCGCAAGUGGUGGAAACUCAGGUCUUCGCUGAACCAGGAAGAAAGAAGCAGAAAGCAAUGAAGGAAUUGCUGAGCACACCAGGUUUAAACAUCAAGUUCUGUUCAGUGCCACGAUUGCAUCAGAAACAGCUGGAAGAAGCAAAUGAUGAUGCAAUGAUCUCAGAGAUGAGAGAGCUUGCCAGAAGGCCACAAGUUGAUUGUGUAGCGCUAUUGACAGAAGACUCAGGCUUUGCUGCCACCAUCAAGUCACUAGAGUCUCGUGCAAAGUUCUUGGUGCUGAUGUCCAGCCGGAAGGCGGCUGUGGUCCGUUUUUAUGAAGCAGAAGGCAUCCGGAUCCUUGAGCUACCCCCAACGGAAAGUUGCACAAAAGUUCGUGCAGUCCUUGAUGUUCAUGGGAAUGGCAGCGUCCACUUGGCCGAGCCCUACGACCAGCUACUCUAUUUUGCGCAAGCUGAGCAGCAUGCUAAGGACUGCUUUGAGUUUUUCCAUCAACACACAGGAAGAAACAACCUGUCUCUCAGUGACUUUUUCUUGGGUCAUGUAGUUCCAAAGAUCUGGCUUGCAAACGGCUUGGGGCGGUUGGUGGUAUUUCCUUCCCAAAUGGCACUGGCUGCUUUGCACAACGCUAUCAAUGAGCGACCUGAGUGGAGAUGGAACCUGGAAAUUGCCAGGCUGGCGUACUUUCUUCCAAUGACUAAUUUGCGUAACGCGAAGAACGUGCAAGACAGAGACACCUACGGCAGCAGCCUUGCCUCAGCCAUUUUCAGAGCAGGUGGCCCCUUCAUGUUAAACGACUCGGAGGACCUUGCGAUUCGGGCCCUGCGUAGGCUGGGCUACAUCGAUGACAGCUUGAACGCAGAUCCAGAUGAGGCGCUAUUUGUCUUUAUCAAUUCCAGCGUGAACAAAGACGAGAUGUUUAGUGCUAUGAAGGAGCUUGCACGAAUGGAUCAGCUGGAAGAGAUGGGCACUUUUAAUGGCUUGGCUUUUCGUAUCCUGCAGCAUGAACACUCAGCGCAUCCUCAAAGGCCGAUCCAAGCACACACCAUGGCCUUGCUGGGCGGUGCGCUGGUGGACACCUACCGUGUGGACUAUGCGCACUCCGAGGGGCAAGCCGCUUUGGGGCGAGACCCGCGCGAGUACCUGGUGCAGACGAAGAGCUUCAGGGCCAGCUCCAAGGAGCGGCUCCGGCUCCGGCUAGGCGGUGCCGGACGGUGCCGGACGGUGCCGGACGAAGAGGACCCCAGCGUGGUGGGUGCCGUGGUGGCCUCCAAGCUCACCCCCUCCGGCAAGGCGGACCGCCGGAGUCCGCCGGCCCCGACGGACGGGGGACGACGGGCGAAGCCGCAAAGCGAGCGAGAGUCUGGCGUCAUCGAUUACCCCGCCGAGCUCGUGGUGCUGGCCAUGGGCUUUACUGGGCCCGACAAGGUCGUCGACCCUCAGAACCAGCUGGCACGCGAUCAAAACUCCAACUACAAGGCCACCUAUGGCGAGUACCAGGCCGAGGAGGCUCCUUGGAGCAACUUGUAUGCCUGCGGCGACUGCCGCCGUGGCGCCUCCCUGGUGGUCACCGCCAUCGCCGAGGGCCGCGACUGCGCGGCGCGCGUAGACGCGAUGCUCAUGGGCUCGACGAGCUUGCCGCGGGCGGCGCCCUUGGCAGCCAAUCCCACGUUCUACCAGAUGCCACAGAAGUGGCAACGUGGCAAGGAGCCCGAGGCUGAAGGAAACCUCGAGGCGAGGAAUGGACGGCGCUGGCGAUGGGAGUGCGGGACGCGGCUGACAGAGAUGGACACCGGGGAAGACUUGGAAUAG